CGUAAAAUAAAAAAUGAAAAUCGAUAGCAAUGUUUCACAAUAAACGUUGUUGUGUUGAGAUUAUUUAAAUAAUGAGUUAUGAAACAGAUAAAAAAACGUCUUUGCCUUUACUGCGCGACAAUGCAAAGUUGAACACUUUUCAACCAAGAAUCAAGAACAACCUUUUGUGACAAAUGUCUGCAUCUGUUGACUAAAUUUUGAAACCUAUAAGCUUUUAACAAGGUCAACAGUUUUCAUCAACUCGUAGUCGACAAAAAUAAUUAAGAAUCGGUACAUACAACCACAAUUAGUGCAGUCAAUCUGUUUUAAAUAAAGAUACAGUGCUAGUGUCCGCGAAAAUGAUCUUUACUUUGUUUUUCGCAAUCACAACGUUACAUGAACAUGGAUGACCUAAAAUGCGAAUACGUAAAGAAAAAAAGAUGCUUUGGAUUGUCUCAGAAAGUGCGAGUUGUAAGGCAUAAUAAUGAUAGGUACAUCGAUUGUAGAUAAUCAAACGUAAUCGUUGUAUCAGCGAGUGAUCAAUGAGUGUCUCAGCAUCAAAAGUGAAAAUGUGAUGUGUCAAACUGAUUGUUUACUUCACGACGGACAGGUGACGGUGAGCGGUUUGUAGAAGUGGUACGCGAGGGCGGCGGGAGGCGGGCGGUAUGUCGGGCCGUUCGAGUCCCGUAAACGGCGGCUACGAGGCUGCCGAGCCCGCUAUGAGACUCUCGGUCCGUAAGGACCUGUUUCCAGAUGCCCGGGUGCCACAACUGGCCACCGACUCGGACUCCGAAGACGACGAGCUCAUAUCUUGCGUCAAGCUAGAGACAGACUUCGAGCAGAGCAUCGAUGCCAUCGCUCGUCAGAGGAUGCAGGCCAAUGGAGCGCUGCCGCCCCCGACACGGCCUCGCCACAGAAAGCACAAGCAGCACUCCAGACGUGACACUGACCACUCCACUCUUAAUGGGUGUCUCCCGAAAGAGAGGAAGCGGAAAAAACGUUCCCGUGAUACUCACAAAAGGACGCACACAUCAAAUAGUGUAGUGUCACAAGUGAAAGGUGGUAAAAACUUAAAUUUAGUUAGUAGUAGUGAGUGCCACGAGGAAGAAGUGGAAAAUGCAGUAGAAGAAAGUGAAAGCUCAGAAGAUGAAGUGCUAGGGCAUAGUGUAAAGUUACCGUUAAUUAAUGUGCCGCGAGCCAGCGGCAAACCUUACAGUCAUAAACUUAGUCAAUUAUCCACAAAAAAGAGUAGAUCAAAAGAAUCUUCUAAGGAACAAAGGACUCAUAUAGUCAUACCUUGUAGUGGUAAACCCCGUUCCAUGUUGGACCUCUGUAGUUCCCGUAGCAAAAAAAAAUCCAAGAAAUCUGACUGUAGUGCGCCCACAUAUAGAAGUCAAAUAGUCGACACAAAUACUAAAAUCAAAAUUAAGAUAAGAAGAACAAGUUUUCAGGAAGUGGUAGCUCCAACACCAGUAUCAAUAGCUGAUAUUGGGCAAAGGAAAUCUAAAAAGAAGCGAGCAGCGUCGCCGGUCGCCAGUGCUAGCUCCGGAGAGGAGUACGAUCCUUCCCGAGGGGACACUGCGGCGGUCAUGAGUGUUGCGGCACCCAAACCGCGCGCGCCCCGCCCUAAGACUAAAAAAUCUAAUAAUAAUAACUCCAAAACUAAAGAUAAAGCUCAAAAGACUGAAAGAACUAGAAGUAGUGGAACAGAAAAUAAGGAGAGUGGACCACAAAGUCCAUGGGCGCAUUCCAUGCCUGAAGAGAUUUUAGUGAAAAUUUUUGAAAAUGUUGUGCAACAUGGCACGUUACCUACUGUUAUCAGAUUGGGUAGAGUGUGCAAACUAUGGCACAGCGUCAGUUGCAGGCCAGAGCUGUGGAAGAAUGUAGAUCUUGCGCAAUACACUGUUGAAAAAUGCAAAACUGACUACAAACUGGUGUGGCUUCUCGAAAAUCGUUUAUCUCAAUGUCAGAGUUUAAAUAUUGCUCAAUGGAAGGUGUGCAACGUGUCGUGGGUGCUGGCGUGCGUGGUGGACUACUGCCCCGCGCUUGUGGAGCUGAGCGUGGCGGGCUGGAGCCGCAUCACGCCGGACCAGCUGUUCGACGUGGUGCAAGGUCUGCCCAAGCUGCAGCGACUCGAUCUUUCGCUAACGUCGGAGACGGGUGGGUCGAGCACGUGCCUGUCGGCCGCGUCUAUGGCGCGCGUAGCGAGCAACUUCGGCGCGCGCCUCACGCACCUCACGCUCGCCAACAACAAGUUCUCCGCCCUGCCGCAAAUACUCUCUUCCGUCGCCAGCCAUUGUCCGAAUCUCGAAGUGCUAGACAUAUCUGGUGCUCUAGCAACAUCUCAUCCAGCCCCAAUUCCUCUGGAGGCCUUGCAGAAAGGCUGCCCUAAAAUGAGGGUGUUCCGAGCUGCCAAUGCUCAGUUAGUAUUGGCUACUGCAACAACUUCACAACAGAUGGAGACAGAAGGUUGGAGCCAACUGGAAGAGGUUUCGAUCGCUUGCAGCGCGGCGGAAGAGCGCGCAGCCGUGGGGGACUACCGGCUAGGGGACGACGCCCUAGCGCGGCUCGUCAGGGGCGCCACGCGUCUUCGCCUGCUAGACCUGCGUGGAUUACAACGCCUCACUGAUUCUGGUCUCGUGCGAGUACCGGCUUGGGAUCUUCAACAUCUGUUUCUUGGAGGUUGUAACGUAUUGCGGCAAACGAACGCGUGCCUGGAGCUUAUCUGCGAGAAGUGGUCGCAUAGCCUCAUCGAGCUGGACCUGUCGUGGGCAUCUGCAGCCAAGGUGCUGCACGACGCCGUCUGCGCGCUGGCCGACUCGCCUAGCAGUAGACUGAGAUCACUCAAUUUGUGUGGGUCAUCAGUCUCAUAUGAAGCUAUCAAGAAAGUACUAUUAAAGUGCCCUCACAUAGACUCGCUAAACCUCAGUUCGUGCCGCGCUCUGCCGAGAGGUAUGAAGCGUCUCUACACAGGGAAAGAACUUCAGGACCUUAAAGACAGCUUAGAUCCCGAAAAAGUAAAAGCCAAAGAGAGCAAAAUUGAAGAAUCUAAGAAGAAAAAGUCGAAGGCGAAGACACCUAAAACAGAUGAAGAACAAGAGUCCACAAAGAAUGAUACAGCUGAAAGUUCCAGUAGUAAAGUAGAAAUGAAAUCUCCAGAUAAGUCUUCCGAGAGUGUGUUUCAAGAACCGAAAAGCAUACCUGACUUAACUACAAGUGUGCCUGAUAAGCGCGCCUCUGCCGAAAAACAGGAAAUGUCUUCUCCUAGCAAUAACACCUUUGAGCAAUCAAGAAAUACGCCAGAAAAAGUAACUUCCGGCGCUGAGACCACGCAACUUCCGAAGGGCUCGACCACUCCUAAACUUUCAAGUCCUCUUGCUCAAUCGAAACCAGAUUCGUCAUCCACGCCCAGGUCAGAUUCCGUCAAAACUGACACAGGAAGUCCCCACUUCAGCCCCGUCCAGAAACCUGACAGUCAGGUGCCCAGUAGUCCUGAUGUGCAACCGGAUGUAGCUAAAGGUAAUUCUUGGAAUUUAGGCCAGUUCAGAAGUACUCCUUCUCAUAAAUCUGAAGCGAGUCCUCUCAAUAGAUUAGAAAGUUACACGAAAAUACGACACGGCAAAGUCAUGGAGCAAUGUAGUCCUACAACUUCUCUGGAGAACAAACCUAGUCCCGAAACCAUAGGAAUGAAACAGGAUAUAAAGAAUCCUAAUAAUUGGAAUUAUAGUAGCUACAGCCCCAUGCCUCGACAGGAUAAUCAAUUUUCCUCUCAAAGAAGUCCAUAUUCGACUCAACCGAGCCCCGCUCAGCCGAGUCCAUACUCAACUCAGCCCAGCCCUUAUUCCACUCAACCCAGCCCAUACUCAUCACAACCUAGUCCUUAUUCCGCUCAACCGAGCCCCGACACGAGUCAGAUCGUUAAGUCGGAUCUGCAGAAGACGGGAGCGUGGAACACCGACAACUAUAAUUCUAUGCCUAAACAUCACGCUCCGUUCUCGCCACAUCCUUCCACUCAUACCAGCCCCGAUGCCGGAUUAGGAGUCAAGAACGACAAUCUACGCAACAAUCCCAACAGAACCCCCGGCCAGUACAGCCCCAUGUCGCGGCAGCAGCACCACAGCCCCUACUCGCCCAGGCCCAGCGUGGAGAACAACUAUAACAACAAAAAGAGCCCCGGAGUCGGCAAAUACAGCCCCAUGAUGCGCCCCGACUGUCACCUGCCCAGUCCCGACGGAGCGCUCGCCUCUCGGCCGCACCUCAACGCGAGGGCACAGGACCUGUACGGGCGCUCGGUGUCCAAAGCCCCCGAAAUGGCCCCGAACGUCCCACCGCCUGAAAUUCCAAACACUUGGGGUUUCAAUAACAUGAACACUUCGACGUCCGGCAUCGAGUCGUUAGUAUGGGGAGCGCCGUCGUUCGGCGCGGACCCGCCGCUGCAGUCGCCGCUGCAGGCGCGCGUCGACAUGCCGUCGAUGCUGACCACGCCGCCGCCGCAGCCGUGGGGCGAGUUGGGGCCCUUCGACGGCGGACGGCGCGACGCGAGCGACCCGUGGACGCUGGGGCAGUUCCGCGUGGAGCCGCCCGGCCCAGGCGCGUUCGAGGCGGGCUUCGAGCCGCUGCCGCUGGGCGCGCUGCACGGCUACCUCGACGACGGCUACUCCGAGCCCAGCCGCGCGGACUGACGCGCCCCCUCGCACCAAUCUGCUCCUCGACGAUCCUGACGGGACUUCUCCGCGAAAGCGGACUUGGAGUGAUGUAAUUAUACAUUUGAACAAUUAUUGUUAGUGAUUGUACAUAAGAUUAUCUAGCUAGAUGUAAGUUUAAUGAAGCUAGGAAUGCAUUCAAAUUAUUUUGCAGCCGAUAGUUUAUGAGAGAUACAGAUUAAUUAUAUUAGAAGUUAGCGGGUUCUUCGUUCGAGAUAAUAUAGAUAAUAUACAGUUGUUUUAUACUCGAUUGUUAGGACGUUCUCUUCUGUCUUUGCUUUGUUGAACAUUUUUGGCAACUGUUUGAAAGAAACUUUCUACUAACCGAUUUCCAAACGAUUGUUCUUAAGUUUUUACAAAAAGUAUACAACUAGAUUUGUCAUUUUUAUUUUACGUAGUUUAUCUUGAGGUUAUGAUCUAAUUGGAAAACAGCAAAUGUUUAGUGGAUACUACAAUGUAGGCCUACUUGGGCCUUUGUUAUUUGUUUGUUGUAUAAAUCUGUCUUAUGAAAAGCAAUAACAAUACUAACAAUAAAAACAGUUAAUAUUGCUACCCUGUAGCUUAUAUUGAAUUAUUUGAAAAUACAUUAUUUUAUAGAAAAUUGAGGCCAUAAUAUGUAUUUGUUGUCUCAAACAGCUCAAUAAAGUUUAACUCAAUACUUAUUAAAAUAUUCAA